GUGCGCGUCUUAUCAUUAACUGGAGUUGAUUUAAGGUUGCCCAGUAAUAUGACAAGCCGAAGGGAAGGAGAACUUCGCUAGAGUCUGGCUUAUCAAGUUGACUUCCGGUUUUGAUUCGAUUUUCCCUUUGUGGGCUACUGACCUUUUGACCGUCACACAUAGUGCAGUGCACUCCGGCGCUUCGGGUGCUUAACUCGCGUCAAGCACUCUCUUCUUCUCUAUCAUUCCCACAAUGUCUCAGAGAAAGGGAAGUGGCUAUGCCGCUAUUCCUUCCAAUAGCGACGUCGAGCAACAAUCUGAAUCUGGUCCUUCGUCUGCUGGUCAGUCACCUUGGAGGCGAUUCGUCAACCAUCCCAAGGUUCAACAGGCACACAACGCCUUGACACAUAAUCCAGCAGCUACGUUUACAACCGGCUUGGUCUUUGCACUAGGAGCCCUGGUUUUUGUAGCUCUAUUUUUGCCAGACAAUCAAAGUCUCAACCCCUUCCCUUCGUUUAAAGGGGAAACGAUCGUUCCUCCCGGCAUAUCCGCUGCUGCCCUGGAAGAAGGCUUGAACAAGUGCCGUCAAAUUAAGAAAGCCAGAGUGGAAUCAUUUGCAGACGCUGAUCGCAAGAAUCCCAGAGCAGAUAGCAGAACCCCUGAUAUUCUCAUCCAAAACGCAGAAGUUUGGGAUGGUGAAGGCAAUAUCUUGAAGAACGUCAAUGUAUUGUUGCAAGACGGCAUUGUUAAAGCGGUUGGAAAGGAUGUUGAGGCUAUCAACGACAAUACCGAAGUAAUUGAUGUGAAGGGCCACAUCGUCUCUCCUGGUUUAGUGGACAUGCACAGCCAUAUGGGUGUGGAUUCCUGGCCCGGACUAGCGGCGACUCAAGAUACCAAUGAAAUGACCCAGCCUCUUACACCAUUCGUGAGAUCUCUCGAAGCAUUUAAUCCUUCCGAUAAAGCUAUUCGUAUCGUUAAUUCCGGUGGCGUAACAACUGCAUUGGUGCUCCCCGGAUCUGGUAAUUUAAUGGGUGGUGAGGCUUUCGCUUUCAAGCUGAGACCUGUUGAUACCCUUAGUGGUGAAGAUAUGCUGGUACAGUCUGGUGUAGAUGAUUCUAUUGACCGAAAGUGGAGAUGGAUGAAGAUGGCUUGUGGUGAAAAUCCAAAGCGCUUUUAUGGUUCUCAACGCAAAAUGCCAUCAACUAGAAUGGGCGCUGGUUACUUGUUCCGCAAACGUUUCUCUGAAGCACAAGCUUUGGUCGAUGCCCAAGAUGAUUGGUGUGAUGCCGCUGAAAAGCUUCACAGCAAACAUCACUCUGUACGCUUGGAUUCCAGAUUUCCCGAAGAUUUAGAGAACGAAUCCUUGACUGGUUUGCUUCGUGGUGACGUGAGAUUGAACGUUCAUUGUUAUGAGACUCAUGACAUUGAAGCCAUGGUGCGACACUCUCAAGAAUUCAACUUUACUAUUCGUGCUUUCCACCAUGCUUUGGAUGCCUAUCGCAUUCCUGAUAUCAUCAAGCGUGCUCGUACCAACAUUACCAUCGCUACCUUUGCUGACCACUGGGGAUACAAGAAGGAAGCUUUCCAAGCCGAUCCUCGUGCUCCCAAGAUUUUGUUCGAUGCAGGUAUUCCUGUUGCCUUCAAGAGUGACCAUCCUGUCCUCAAUGCCCAACAUUUGGUCUAUGAAGCAGCUAAGGCUACUCAUUAUGGUCUCCCUGCUCAGGAAGCAUUCAAGUCCGUCACCUCGGUACCUGCAAAGGCCUUAGGUCUUGGCCAUCGUGUCGGCUCUUUGAAGCCUGGGUACGAUGCCGAUGUUGUCAUUUGGGAUCGUAAUCCGCUUAGCCUUGGAGCUGCUCCUCUGCAGAUUUACUUGAAACAGAAGCAAUCCGCUCAAGGAAAGGUCGUUGUUGAUAAUGGAAAAAUUGUUUGUGCUGGAGAAGACUGUGAUGUUCAAUUACUCUCAUUGGACUCCAACCUUCCCGAAAUUGAUGUCAACGGUGGUUACGUUAUGCCUGGUAUCGUUGCCGUUGGCUCGUCCCUCGGUCUUAUUGAGAUUGAUGCAGAAGAUACAACUGGUGACGGUCAAAUUCGUGCCACUACUUCAAGAGACUACAAGGACAUUAUCCAAGCUGUAGAUGGUCUCAAACUGGGUACCAAGCAUCUCAAGCGUGCUUAUGAAGGUGGUGUCCUGACCGUCAUUACUGCACCCAUGUCCCGUAGUCUUGUAAACGGAAUUAGUGUUGCUUUUAAGAGCGGAGGAAAGAGCUUGCUCGAUGAAGACACUGUCGUCUCACCCGCUGUCGCUUUGCAUGUCCAAAUUGGUGAUAGCUACAAGUCAGAGACUUUCGCCACUAUUUCUGGCCAUAUUGCUCACCUUCGACGCAUCUUGAGUGAAAACAUCGAUUCUACUGACUCUAGCAACUACUACGGCCUGGCGGCUCAAGGAAAAAUCCCACUUGUUAUCCAUGUUGACAGCAAGGACGAGAUUGCAUCUAUCAUCCGUCUCAAGGAACAUUUCAAGGGCCAACCCAACAUUGUCAUUCUUGGUGGUGCUGAAUCUCAUUUGGUUGCCCAAGAACUUGCUCAUGCUAACAUCCCAGUUAUCCUUACUCCUCUUCUGUGCACACCUGGUCGUUGGGAAACCCAGAAUUGCUUGACAGGUAGCCCUAUUACCAACGGUACCGCUAUUCAUGCUCUACGUGCACACGGAGUAAAGGCUGCUAUCGGUCUCUCCGACAAUGGUCUUGCCAACAACCUUGCUUGGGAAGCUGGUUGGGCACAGAGAACAUCACAAGGCUUGAUCACCGAAGAAGAAGCUAUUGGCUUCAUCACUUCUGAUAUCCAAGAUAUUUUGGGACUCGAUGAUGUUUCAUUAACUUCUUCUGAUUUUGUUGUAUGGACUGGCAGUCCAUUUGACCUUGAUAGCCAAGUAGUUAUGGUUAGCGAUAGCAGUAACGGCCUUCAGCAUAUUGAGUAAAUAUGGAAAAUAAAACUUCGGCCACAAAGUUCAGGGCCCAUUUUUUUACACUGUUCCACGUGAUCCAAUCAA